UACUGGCUUUUAAAAUUUAUAUAUCUGAAAUAGGAAAAUAUGUUUAGCUUGGAAAUCAGAAAACUUCGCCAAUAAAUAAUUAUGCUGGAAUUUGAGUUGGAAUGUUUUCAAGAUGAGGGUUUACCAGCAGGGAAACCCCUCAUUAGCUCAGUCUGAUAUUGGUCCUCCCUUCCAGCUGUUUUCCUAGUUUUAUGUACACCAUUGUUUGGGAUCAGGUAGCCUAGCGCACAGUCGAGGGUUGAAAAGUGUCUGGUGGUCGGUGGUCCGUUCAAAUGCAUUUCAAACUCGUCCCCUGACUGGCUUCAAUCAACUUUGGGCUCAGUUGCUCGCCAGCAUCAGGUUCACAAUGUCCUCCGAUUCCACGCUGUACUUCAGUGCCGUCGAGGAUAUGUUCAAGGAAGUGUUAACAAUAGGGGACGAGGCAAGGGAUCCUGGGAACGAGGAGUUCUCCGAAACACCUAAACGCUGUGUACAAUUGCGCCAGCAAAAGUUAUUCGCGAACGACUCCGCGAAUUUUGUGAUAGGUCGCCGUUCGCCGAGGAUUGAAUACAAAAUCGAUCUCAAGAGAGAUGUAUCUCCUGGAAGGCGAAAGGAGCUGCGCGGCGAGGAAAUCCUUCGGAUGCGCAAGGAUCGGGCGGAAAAGGAGCGAAUGAGGCCCCAAAGGCGACUUACCAUGCGGAUUUAGUGCCACACCUGUACAGUGUACACCGAGUUGUGUUCCCCAAUCGAAGUGCUUCCCUGUUGUAUGCUUUACUUUAGGAUUUAGUUUUAAGCUCACCUAAGUAUGCUAAGUUUUGAGUGCCAAUAAAUUCACUUAAUUCGCUUUAUAAAUAUUAA